GAUGUCACUUACCAUUACUCUUAUAUUUAUCCGUUUCUGAUCGGAGCCACAGCCAUCCAAACACUUUCUUCACUAGAGAGCAUUUCUUUUCUUUGCUUUUCUUCUUCUUCUUUCCUAUUCGCAAGUAUAGCAGAAAAAGAAAAAUGAGUUGCAAUGGUUGCAAGGUGCUUCGAAGAGGAUGUGGGCCCAAUUGCAUCCUUAGACCGUGUUUGGAUGAGUUCGAUAACGCUCAAGCCCAAGCUAACGCCACUCUCUUCGUCUCCAAAUUCUUCGGCCGUGCCGACCUGAUGUCGUUCAUCUCCUCCGUCCCCGUCCACCGCAGACCCGCAGCUCUGUUUAGGUCGUUGUUAUACGAAGCAUGUGGACGGACGGUGAAUCCGGUGGGCGGUGCGGUGGGGCUUCUCUCCACCGGAAAUUGGCACUUGUGCGUACAAGCGGUGGAGACUGUUCUCUCCGGCGGAGCUCUGCAGCCGAUCGCGGCCGAUUGUCUAAACCCUCCAAAUCCUCGGGAACCAUCAGGACCGUUCCAGAAGAGCGCGUGGAGUCGUCCAGACCAUUCCGUGGUUACCCAAUCUCAGCCGUCACAUCUCUGGAGCCGUCCGUUGCCGACGAUCAACGGCGUUGCGCAGCAGAAACGGAUCCCCGCGGAGACGUCAUCAUCGGAGGUGUAUGGAAGUUCCGAGAGUGUGUGGCGGGGCGUGAGAGACGCCUCCGGGAAAGAGCCAAAGCUUCUCAACCUCUUUUUUUGAUUAGUUAAAGAAUAAAGUCACCGGAAUCAUCAGUUUUGGUAUUGGAGUUUAAUUUUGGUGGACUCAGUGAGUCGGAAUCGGCAAAUAUGAUCUGAGUUCCUGCGUUUCUAACUAUGUCGAGCGGAUUAAAGUUAUCUUUUUCGCUCAAUGAGCAAUGAAUAAACAUUUUCCC